CUCCUUCUUUGUCGAAUUAUUACAUAGAAAAACCAACAAACCCUAAAAGUGUCCGUUCAAUUUUUCUUCUUCUUUGCUUCAACUACUCGUUACAUAGCUCAAUUCCCUCUCUUCUUCUGAAGAAAUUUGCAGUUUCAUCAGCUGAAUCCAUACUGAAAUCCCUAAUUCUCUCAGUUUGCGGCUCGUUUUAGACAGAUAAUGGAGGGAAUGCCGCACCCAAUACCCCGUACAGUGGAUGAGGUCUACAGCGACUUUAAAGGCAGACGUGCCGGCUUGAUCAAAGCCCUCACCGCGGAUGUUGAGAAGUUUUACCAGCAGUGCGAUCCUGAGAAGGAGAACCUGUGUCUCUAUGGACUUCCAAAUGAAACGUGGGAAGUUAACUUGCCUGUGGAGGAGGUGCCCCCUGAGCUCCCGGAACCAGCAUUAGGCAUAAACUUUGCAAGGGAUGGGAUGCAGGAGAAAGAUUGGUUAUCGCUGGUUGCAGUUCACAGUGAUUCAUGGUUGCUUGCUGUUGCAUUCUAUUUUGGUGCUCGUUUUGGAUUUGGGAAGAAUGAAAGGAAGAGGCUAUUCCAGAUGAUCAACGAUCUCCCAAGUGUAUUUGAAGUUGUAAGUGGAAAUGGUAAGCAGUCAAAAGAACAGUCUGCCACUCAUAACAAUAGCAGCAAAAGCAAAUCGGGUGGGAAGAUGCAGUCCAGGCAAUUGGAGUCCCAUAGCAAGGGAGUGAAGAUGUCUCCACCACCAAAAGAGGAUGAAGAUAGCGGGGAAGACGAGGAGGAAGAAGAAGAUGAUGAACAGGGUGCAACAUGUGGGGCUUGUGGGGACAACUACGGCAACGAUGAAUUCUGGAUUUGUUGUGAUGUAUGUGAAAGAUGGUUCCAUGGAAAGUGUGUGAAGAUUACACCUGCCAAGGCCGAGCAUAUCAAACAAUACAAGUGUCCAAGUUGCAGUAACAAGAGAGCAAGGGUUUGAAUUUAGGAUCUGAAAGUUGAAGAUAGUUGCAGGGAACGAAAAAAAGGGAGAAAAAGAAAAGAAAAAAAAAAAAAACGAAGAAAGCAGGCAGCACGACGACUCCGAGACUUGUGUUAUUACUACGAUUAUAAAGCUAAAAUAUGGUGUUGUUAAAGUCCGUUGACAGAUUUGGUGAAUUGGGAUGGAAUUUCAAGUUUUCCUACUUGUGUUAUUCUUCUGUCUAAUUCUAGAAUUAGUGGUUUUCUCUUUGAAUAGUUAUGAAUAUUUGUCAUCCACGUCCCAAAUUGAAUCAGACUCAGAAACAACCUGUUGUUCA